AUGGGAAAGCCGAGACUCCUCAUCAUUGUCAGACACGGCCAGUCUGAAGGCAACAAAAACCGCGACAUCCACCAGACCAUCCCGGACCACCGGGUCCGCCUGACCCACGAAGGAUGGCAGCAGGCGUACGAUGCCGGUCGCCGUCUGCGUGCCCUUCUGCGCGCCGACGAUACCAUUCAGGUCUUCACAUCGCCGUAUCGCCGCACGCGUGAGACCACGGAAGGCAUUUUGCAGACGCUGACGUCAGACGACCCGGAACCCUCCCCGUUUAAGCGCAACAACAUCAAGGUCUACGAGGAGCCCCGUCUCCGCGAACAGGAUUUCGGCAAUUUUCAGCCCUGCAGCGCGGAAAUGGAGCGUAUGUGGCAGGAACGUGCCGACUACGGCCACUUCUUCUACCGCAUCCCCAACGGCGAAAGCGCCGCCGACGCCUACGACCGCGUCUCGGGCUUCAACGAAAGCCUGUGGCGCCAAUUUGGCGAGGAUGACUUUCCCAGUUGGUACCACUUUAGCGUCGAGUACUUUGAGGACUUGCGCAACGUCAACCACUGCGAGUUCCUCAUUAUGCGCAAGCAGGGGGACAGCGGCAAGUACAAACUCGAGAGCAAGCUCCGCACCUGGUCCGAGCUGCGGCGCGAGCGGGCCGCGCUCCUCAAACAGAAAGAGGAACUCGCUUCCAAGGAGAAGAGCGAAAAGGGAGACAAAGACAGCGCAAAAUUGGAACGGGCUGAAUCCGGUUUGUCCUCCCCGUCCUCCACAGCAUUGGUGCCGCAAAGACGAUGGGGCGGCUGUCCUAAUGGUUGCAAUCACGAUAAGAACUUCAAGAUCCGUCCUGGACUCGCCGAUUUAAUUCUACGCGACGGGACCAACGUCUAUGACAAUGCCAAUGGCAGCCCGCGCACGUCGAAAUCGACGUCGGCGAUCAACAACCACGGCCACGGAAAAACCAGCAGCGGCACUCCACCCUCGCUUUCUCGGCGGACCACCGCCGUGCGCCGCUUCCAGGUGGCUGGGUACAGUGACGACGACGAUGGCGGUGAUGGUGGCGAUGAAGUGGACGACGACAACCGGCCCUCAUCGCAGGCCUCGAACGACACGAGCAACGAUGCGUCCAACAAGAGCGCAAUACAUGCAGCAAAUGCAACUGGCAGCGGCAGCGGCGCAGCGGGUAGUUUGGCGCCUCCCCAUAUUGACAUUACGCGUGCCCGCGAGGAGAUUGUCUCGUCGCCCGACGCCACGCCCUCGUUUAUCACGCCCGAGGACCGCCAGCGGGCCGUUUCGCCCGGCAGCUCGCCGCCACCCAAGCCCAAGUCGUUAUUGCAUAUUGGGCGCGAUUUCGGCGGAACGUACAGCGGACACACAAGCGACGCCGACUCGUCGGAGGACGACCGCGUGCGGCACCGCAUGGCACACUUGAAGCUGCACGCUGGCAGCUCCACGGAGUCGGGUGCGCAGUACACGCGCAGCCACAGUCACGGCCACGGCCACAACUAUUAUGGCAGUCACAGCAGCGACAGGUUCGUGUACGGCACGCUUGAUGCCGUUGCUGCGUCUGCCACGAUGCCGCGCAGUGGUACGAGCAAGACGGAGGCUGCGGCGGCAGUGUCUACGCCGCAAGGCGGACCCAUGUCGACCGGUAGUGCGGGUGGUGGCUCGUCCAACCUGAGCAACAUUCGCAAGAAACGCACCAAGAACAUGGCCAACCGCUUGGGCGACGCGCCGUACUGCAGCGACUGCGAUCACGAUCACGAUCACGAUCACGACCACGACCACGACCACGACCACGACCACGACCACGACCACGGUGACACCACUGACGUGGGUGCUGACGAGUUGCACGCGACCGAUGAGCUUCUCAACGCGGGUGUCGUCCUCGUCGACUCGAACGGAGACGAUGAGACCGACGUCGACCCUGACAUGGCCCAAGCGGAGCGCGAUGACAAGAGCAUCCAGGGCAGCGUCUACUAA